CGACGUUUCACUUUGUUGUGCAGUGGAUACCUACGUUCGUUUUAUGCGACAAGAGCCCCAAGUAUACUAGAAGGUCUCUGGAAAUUUUCAAACGCAGAAUCCGCCUCUACCUUUACUAAUUCUCUUACAUCCUACUCCAAACACGUCAACAUGGUUGUCAAAGCUCCAAAGGUGGGAGACCACAUCUCCACUCUUGACACGCCUUCGAUGAUCGUUGAUUUGGACGUCAUGGAAGCAAACAUUGCAAAGUUAUUCAAGCAACUACUGCCAACCGGCAUCAACAUCCGCCCGCACUCGAAGACCACAAAAUCUGCCAUUCUUGCCCAGAAGCUCGUCGAUGCUGGAGCCAAAGGCGGGUGCGUUGCCAAGCUCAGUGAGGCUGAGGUCAUGUGCGAGAAAGGGUUCACCGAUCUACUGAUUACGUGCGAGAUUAUCGGUGCGCCUAAAGUCCAGCGCUUGGUCGAGUUGUUUCGCAAAUACAAGAGCAUUAGGAUCGUGGUAGACAGUGAAGUGGGCGCCAGAGCGAUAGACGAUGCGCUAGGGAAGAGCGGUAUCGAGGAAUCGAUUACAACAUUGAUCGAUCUCGACGUAGGAUUACAUCGGACGGGCGUACAACCAGGAGAGCCGGCACUAGAACUUGCGAACGUCGUGCAAAGCUGCAAACAUCUCAACCUGAUUGGUGUACAAGGGUACGAGGGUCAUUUGCAACAUUUGCACGGUCAUGAAGAGAGGAAACAGGAGUGCUUGAAGUCAAUGGCGAUCCUCACCCAGACGGCCGAAGCAUUGCGCAAAGCCGGUCACAAUAUCGAGGUCGUGACCACCGGUGGAACCGGCACGGCAGAGUUCUGCGUUACGGUUCCGGGUGUUACCGAAGUGCAACCGGGAUCCUUCCUCUUCAUGGAUACCGACUACCGUAAUGCUGUCGGUUCCUUUUACCAACACAGUCUCUUCAUUCUGUCCACCAUCCUCAGCAAGCAAGGACCUAAAAUCAUCACAAUCGAUGCAGGACUGAAGUCUCUAACAACAGACAGUGGAUUCGCUGAGUGCAAGACGUUGGGUUAUACGUACGGUGUCCUUGGAGAUGAGCAUGGAUCAUUGAGCUGGGAGGAUGACGCGCUAGAGCUCAAAAUUGGAGACCGCGUCGAGAUGGUCCCUAGCCAUAUCGAUCCGACCAUCAACCUCCACGAUUUCUAUUACGCGCACCGGAAGGGUGUCAUCGAGGAGAUAUGGCCGGUUGAUGCAAGAGGAAAAGUGCAGUAGUGCGCGCGCGAACGAGGAUCCUAGCUUUGUUUAGACGAUCGUAGUUGAGCAAUUGCAAUGCCUCCUAAAGGAGACAAGGUCUAGCAG